GCCGUUCAACUCGAUCACUUCUUUCCCUUCCACACAACACACAGCUCACUCAACUCCCCUCCCGCUUCGUCAGCUCAUCAUCAUAAACCAAACAGAGAGCUCUCUCUCGGUCGUUCCAUUCCAGGAUGCUGCUUAACCCGGCGUCCAUGCUGGACACCAUCCGGCAGCACCUCCUGGAGGAGCCACCAGCGGCGGCCGACGAGAGCUUCGGGAUCCUGGUGGCGGACCAGUGGAGCGACUCGCUCCCGUUCCGCACCGACGACGCCGACGACAUGGUGGUGUUCGGGGCGCUGCAGGACGCCUUCGCCUACGGCUGGCUGCCCGACGGCUCCUUCGCGCACGUGAAGCCCGAGCCGGUGCGGUCCCCCGACUCCUACUACUCCUCCUCCUACGACGGCUCCUGCUUCGGCGGCCUCCCGUACCCGGAGCAGCCACUGACGCCCGGCAGCGAGGGCGAGGCGGCCGCCACGCCCAGCCCCAGGAGGGAGGAGGCCGCGGCGGCCGUGGCCAGGGGCAAGCACUACAGGGGCGUCAGGCAGCGCCCGUGGGGCAAGUUCGCGGCGGAGAUCAGGGACCCGGCCAAGAACGGCGCGCGCGUCUGGCUCGGCACCUACGACACCGCCGAGGACGCCGCGCUCGCCUACGACCGCGCCGCCUACCGCAUGCGCGGCUCGCGCGCGCUCCUCAACUUCCCGCUCCGCAUCGGCUCCGAGAUCGCCGCCGCGGCCGCCGGGGACAAGCGGCCGUUGGCGUUGCCCGAGCCCGCCACCUCCUCGGACUCGUCCUCGUCCUCCACCGGCGGCUCGCCCAAGAGGCGGAAGCGAGGCGAGGCCGCCGCCGCCAACAUGGCCAUGGCGCUGGUGCCCCCGCCUUCCCAGCUUAGCCGGCCGGCCCAGCCAUGGUUCCCUGCCGCGCCGGUCGAGCAGGCGGCGAUGCCGCCGCGCGUGGAGCAGCUCGUCAUCUAGCUAGCCCCGCGCGUUAAACCGGGCUCGCGGCGAGACAAUGAGGCGUGCAAGUGCAACGACGGGUGCGCCGGUGGAAAGCUGAGGAAAACAGGACGAUGCCCUGCGCUGCACUUGCGCGAAUGCGACGGCGCGCGGAAUGCGAUAAGCUCGGGAGCAAUUGGGGGUCCGGAUGCCGCUGUUGCUCCGUGCAACUCGCGCAAGUGGAAAGAAGCUGUCUGUGUGUAGAUUCAUCCAAGUGUCUUGUCUGCAAACGGAUUUUCGGUAUAUGCGUCCUUGUCACCUGUCAGGGUGGUGUGGUGUGAGGGCUUGGGCUUGUGCUGCUGAUAAGUUUGGAGAUCUGUACAAAGAAAAAACGUAGGGAGAAGAUGAGAUCAAGAACAGUCGU